AUGUGUUUAUCAAGCUUGUUUCUCCCGUUUUGGUGUUGUUACCUUGGACCGCCAGCAGGUGAUGCUAUCUCAGCUGCUCGCCCCAGAGGGGGUGGGGCUGGACAGGAACAAGAUGGCUGCCUGCCUCCGAGCAGGCAACAGGAAUCCCACGCCGGUAGGGCAGGACAGUCUCGGAUCCAGGAGAGGUGGCAGCGAACCCCGCAGAUCUUCCCUGAAGGGUUUGGUGUGGAUCUCCUUGGGCCCGGGUGGUGUGAUGUGCUACCCAUCACAGAGGCUGCGGCGGUGGUGGCGGCGAUGACGACGGGAAACAUGCAUUGCACCAUCAGAAAGGCAGAAGUGCUAGAGGGGGCUCACUUGAUGCAGAUUCUCUGGCACGAUGGGGCAGGGUCUCUCUACCCAGCCGUGUGGCUAAGAGACAACUGCCCGUGCUCCGAUUGCUACCUGGAUUCUGCAAAAGCGCGGAAACUUCUCGUCGAAGCUCUUGACGUGAACAUUGGUAUUCAAGGCUUGACGUUUGACCCAAAAAAGGUGUAUAUCAAGUGGCCUGAUGAGCAUGACAGUGAAUUCCAAGCAGACUGGUUGAAGAAAAGAUGCUUUUCCCAGCAGGCCAGAACAAAGCUACAGAGAGAACUGUUUUUGCCAGGUAACCCUGCCAAGGUCUUCAAUGUCUUUUAA